UUACAGAGUAAAAAGGUUCAAUGCUUGUAAAUGCAGUAAACCACGUGACCGAUGACAAACGAUGCCUCUUCUUCUUCUUCUUAUAAUGGCGGUUGGCAAACAACUGAAGGAGGCAUUACCGCCACCAACUGAUAAGACAGAUGGCACGUGGCUCCACACAGGCCUCUCCAGAUGUAUGGGGAGAACCAGAUGGUCUGACCUGUAAGAUGACCUACAUGGAAACAAGGGACACUGGAGUGUACUGGUGUGAGUCCAGAGAGGGAGCAGCCAGCAGCAGCAUCCAGCUCACUGUCUCUGGUGGAUCAGUGAUCCUGCAGAGUCCUGUCCUCCCUGUGAUGGAGGGAGAUGACGUCACUCUGAGCUGUCAAACAAAGACUCCCUCCAACCUCUCACCUGCUUUCAUUAAAGAUGGCUCCCUCAUCAGGACUGAGCCUGCAGGUCACAUGACCCUCCACCAUGUGACCAGCUCUGAUGAAGGCCUCUACAAGUGUUUCAUCAGUGGUGAUGGAGAGUCUCCAUCCAGCUGGAUCUCUGUCUCAGAGAGGGAGUAGAGACUGGCACAGGCAGUCCCAGUGUGUUGCAGAUGGAAGCAUAACUCACCUCUACUCCAUCCCCCUUUCUGUGACAUGAAAGAAGAAAGAGCACUUUGUACAGACAUAUGAGUGAUAAACAAUACAAAAGUUUUCAAACCCUAACAGUCCCUCCUUUUUUAUCACGAAUAAAGUCAUGAUUAGAACCUGUAAAAGAAAACACUCUGUGUGAGUGAAAACCCACGGACGGAAAGCAGAUUAUAUUGUGGGAAAAAUACUCACACGCCCCUCCGCCCAAGGUGACCACCAACCAUGGUAGAGUACAAUAAUAAUAAAACAAUGUAAUAAAUCAAAGAAAACAAAAUGUAAAAAAAGUAAAAGAAUUAAAACAAGCCUUGUUCAUGUCAUCAUUGUACUUUUUCUCAUUUCCCUUAAAUUGCAACUUCUUUCGAUUUUGUGUUAUAAAGUCAUUUUAUGAAGUACAAUUAUGAGUACACUCAGGCGUCAAAGAUAUCAUCAUAAGAGUAGUGGUCUUUAUUUUGUAGCUCGGUAAAAUAAACCUUUUCUGUGUCAUCAUAGUCAUCUGUUUUUGUGUUCAGUGUGGUGUCAACUUGAAUCAAUGCUGUAUAUGCGACUGUGACUGAUUGAGUUACUAUCCUUUUUUACCAUGUAUUUGCAACAUGGGAUAAUACAUAUUGACAAGGUGCACAGGAUGAUCAGGAAUGCUGCUAUGGCAAAUAAGAAAAUUUUAACCCAAUUCAUCCAUCCCCUUUGGAGCAUCCAGUCUAGCCAAGAGGAGCUGGGAGUCGGGUGGUCGUGUGUCAUGACGUUUUGCAGGUUAUUCAGUGCUCCUGUUAUAUUUGAGGAAUGUAUAUUAUCUGGCAUAUAUGUACAACAGGUGUUGUUCAGCAAAACGCAAACGCCCCCCGUUGAUGCUGUUAGAAUAUCCAAAGCCAUGUGGUUCUGAAUUAUCAUGGCUCGCAUAGCGCUCAUUUCUGUGUUUUGGCCCUCUUCUACUAUUAUGGAGUUAUUCAAAAACAGCCCUAAUCGGUAGCUUAAAAUUUCCACACGCAGCAUUAGUUUGCCCACACCUAGCCAAGGAAGGAGAGAUAGUAUCAUUUUAUUAUCUUUUGGCCAAACCUUAAAUUCAUCCGGGACAUUAGUUCCCCAGACAGAGUCGUGUGGUUUAAUUUCUAUGUGUCUCUUUAGCCUUUUGGAGAACGUGGGUAUCAUCGUUACCUUACUGAGUAUUAUAGUGUGGUCAGAUGUGAAAACUGGAGCACACACCCCAUACCAAUUCGGGGGUAGUAUGAAAUAAGCGUUAUUCCCGCAUAACCAAGCUACGCCCUCAACCCAGUAUGUUCCGUUUUGGUUGUUAUUACCAUUGGGGACCCAUGUGCCUCCACACUGCGUGGUGUUACCCAUAUAGAUAGAAGAAUCAUUUUCUUUUUUUCUACUCAAACAAUCGUGGUGGAAUGUGUUUCCGUUGGCAUGUGCUUCGAAUGGUGUGGCUCUUCCCUUAUUACUGAUGUGCAGAGGCUGCCAUUUACGUGGGUCACAUGCAUAUGCAAGAGAAUUGUUGUAAUAUGUGUAUGUUUUGUUGUCCUUACCAACCAUUUGGAUGCCUUCUCCUUCUGUCAGGUUUUGACCGGGAAUAAUGAAAUAUGUAAGCUUCGCAUACCCCCAGAGUCCUAUUGAAAAGGCACAGGCUGCUUCUGUGAAAAUCAUUUUUCUCACAUACACUGUAGGGCCCUGGGAAUGAACUGGCAUGAUAGAAUGUCAUGAUGUAGGGUUGUUUGGUUUUUGGUUUCAGGUUUUUUCUUAUGUUUUUCACAGUUACGGUUUUGACUCGUUCUUUUGUUAUUAUUCUUCUUA